AUGAAGUUGUCGAGUAUCAGCGUUGCGGCAGUAGCCGUUUUGGCGUCGGUGGGCGCGGCCGAAAAGGGACCAAAGGAACCCAAGAGUUUCUUCACGGCAACCACGACGAUCACUACGGGGACGCACAGGUACGGCCGUUUCAACAAGACGAAGCACUCGUCGACGUCGAAGGCCACCGGUACCCACAAGUACGGCCGUUUCAACAAGACGCAUAACCCUACGUCGACCGUUUUCGUGAAGGAGAAGAACGCCGCUGCCCCCGGCAACGGCGUUCCUCAACAAGCGUUGGGGCUCACUUUCGGCGGUGCGGUCGUGGCUGGUGCUCUCAUGCUCUUGUGA